AAGAACGGCUGGACUUCUAUCACUGUGUCCUCAAGCAGCUUUUAAUACAAGACCUUUGUCACUUAACAGCACUGGAGUUCCGAGCCUGGCUGUGGUUUCUGGAUAAACCAGCAAGCAUUAGCAGUAACUGAGUGUGAAUUAGUUUUGAGACAGCCUUGACAGGAGAUCCACUAGUGAUCUCUAUCAUUAACACUAGAAACUGUUUGGAUCAGGUUCGUGGAUUCUGAACUACACUCCCCCAGCCUUGGCACAGCUGGACGUUUCAAUGGGAGGGUUCCUGACCCUUGUGGAGCCUGUAGUGAUUCUCAACAGCAUCGGAUCUUCCUUCUACAGCACAGCCUUGACAUUGGCGAUCUACAGCCGUUGCAACGAGACCUCGGGUGGACAGAGUGACGAAGCCCAGACUCUAUCCUCUAACUUCUUCCUAGUGUACAACAGUCUCGGCUCCCUGGUCUCCUUGCUGUCCACGGUGCCCCUGGGGAGGCUGGCAGACCGCAGAGGGCAGAAGGUCCUCCUGGUGGUUCCGCAGCUUGGAUCCGUCUUGGGCAAGUCCUUCCUGCUAGUCUUCAUUCUGUACCGACUCCCUCUCUAUUUGCUCUAUGUGGGUGUCUGCCUGCAUGGCAUCUGUGGAGGAUCUCCUGCCUACUGGAGCAGUGUGGUCUCCCUGGCCGCCAUGAGAUCGGGCCCCCGGGCACGGAGUAUGAGACUCAGCUCUGUAGACUUUGUCUCGGGGGUAGCUGGCAUAAUCGGGAGUCUGAUCUCUGGGUACAUCUACCGGGUCAAAAUGAGCAAUGGGCAAACUGGAGUCCUCUUGAUCUUCGUCAGCUUGCUUGUGUGCGGGACAGGUCUUUUCUACUCAGCCUUCAUCCUAAAUUACCCGGCCAUUUCAGAGAGGGAGGAAGGGAAUCCGGAUUCCUCCAAGCGAGGGGAGAUGGAUAGGGGAGCUGUAGCUCUCCUCUUUGCAGCUAUGAUCCUCUUUGUGUUGGGGAUGUCCGGCGCUGAGAAGGUGAUCUGUCUCUUUGUUCUCAAGCCUCCACUCAGCUGGGACUCUGUGUGGGUCGGUUAUGGCCAGACUGCCACCAACAUGAUGUACCUGACUAGCUUUGCUGGGGUGCUCCUGCUCUCUCGCUGGCUCAGUGAUCCCGCGCUCAUCCUACUUGGAAUUGUCUCCAACUGUACCGGUAUGGCCAUCAUGGCCUUUGCACAGCACAGCUGGGUCUACUUCACAGCUCGGGGGAUCAUGAUGUUUGCCUGCAUUCCUAUGCCCACCAUUUGCUCCCAGCUCUCUAAGCUAAUGGAUGCACAGUCGUAUGGGCGUAUCUUCGGCUGGCUCCAGUCCAGCUUGGCAGUGACAGACGUGCUCUCCACCUUCCUCUUCACUGGACUGUACCCCCUCACCCUGGACUGGUACAGCGGCUUCUGCUUUCUGCUCUCCGCCUUAGUCAGCUACCUCAGCGCUGUGCCCAUCCUAUACCUGAAAUGCAGAAGGUCAAGAUGUGAUUACAGCAGACUCUCCGGAACAGACUCCCCUCACAGUGACAUCAACACCUAGAUAACCUGGAGAUACACAACCUGCCCCUUCAUGCUGCACAAUAGUGACCCCUGCUGGAAGAGGUUGGGCAAAGCAGCCAGGAAUACAACACCCCACUACCACCACCACCACCCCACACACACACACUACUGCAAGCACAUUCCAUGGUCUGAAGCACUUCCCUUUAAUGGAAACGUUGACAGGUUUUUUUUUGUUUUUUUUUGUUUUUUUUUUAUAUAUAGCACAAGUAUAUAGCCACCAGGUGGAGCUGUGUGUGGAGAAAGUAAGCAAUAUUCCAAAAAUAAACUUACUUUAGCGAUCACUAAAACUUUAAUUAUUGUUUCUAAAUAUGGACAUAAAGCUGUAAAUUCUAGUACUAUAGUUAUAUAUGGUUAUAUAUAUUAUUGUAUAGGGUCCUUUACAAGCUCAAAUCCAUGCCAACCUGCAAAUGACUGCACGGUGUCUUGAAAUGAGAUGGGGGGGGGCUACAGUAUUAGAACAUAAGAAAAGUUUGAGAAUGAGAACAGGCCAUUCAGCCCAUCAAGCGCUCCAGUCUCCCCUACUGGGGGAUCUCAUUUUAAAGCACAGAAUCUAGUAUUUUUUCUUUAGUAUGUUCACAAUGUUUUAGAUCCUAUUAGAUCCUAUUACCUAUUCCAUGCAUUUAUAACUCUCUGUGUAAAAAAACUUACUAGAUUUCAUUAUUUUAACUUCAGUCCUGGGAUCAGCCUGGCUGCCCUUCUCUGUACCUCCUCGAGCGCAAUGGCGUAUUCUAGAUGAGGUCUAAGAGGCGCAUUGUACAAUCUUUUCAAUAAAUAAGAUUGAUUUCUUAUUUAGAAAAUCCUGUGUUGACCUGAAGCAAAGCACAACCAACACGCUAAAAAAUAACACAAAAGCAAAGCACAUAUACUUCUUUAAAAGGAGAAAAGUGAGAAUAUUUGCUUAAAAUCGUCUUGUUGCGACAUUUGAAUUGCUGAACAGUAACUUCAAUAAAAAGCUUCAAGCCUGCUGUUUGGUUUUAUAAAAAGUAUAACUUCUCAUGUGAGGUUUCCUAAAACAGGUACAGACCUGAGCAUUGCAUGCUUUGUUCUUGUUUUUUCAAUAAAUUCUGUUACACAAUUAUUUUGACAGAAAUUCUUUUCUUUUUACCAUAAAUGUUAGUUAUUUCUAUGAAUAGUGUUUAAUAAAAUGAAUUCAUAAAUAAAAACCCAAUUCCUAAAGCUACAGAAAGGGUUUGAUAAGCUUAGCCCAGCAAGUUUACGGAGUUCGGAAUGCGUUCAGUUUAGUUUAUACAGUCAAUCUUGCCUUAAAUAACCACCUUCAUUAGAAUACAAAAUCUUACAGACUUCCAAAAACAUUGAACCCAAACAAUGUGUGCAU